UAUUUACACUCGAGAAGAAAAACCAAGCCACAGGAGGCGGUAUCCUCCUUGCGGUGGUUGGACUCGUAUAUGCACCCAACUUGUUUGAUAUCGGUCCCCCCAACUCCCUUUCCUCGCACGUAUUCUUCCGUGGCCUGGACAAACGAAAAGCGAGUCGCCGAUCAGCGACCUCAGUCUUGUUGUGUGACUCCAUCUCCGCCUCCUCUCAAAUCCUCAAAAACCUUGAAACAAACACGCACACGCAUACGCUCUCUCCGUGGUAUGACGAGCUUCCAUCCAUGGCGUCCAACCAGCAGCUGCUAGGCUUCGCCAAUUACUUCGUCAUCUUCGUGUCCUUCACCCUUAUCCUCUCCUCCCUCUUCUUCGUCAAGAAGAAGAACGCCGCGCGGAAACGUGCCCAAGAACGCGAACGCGCCCACCGUGCCAUCGCUCUCUCCGGAGCCCGAGACCUCUCCGACUGGCUCCCCCCGCCUAACCCGCCGCUCCCAGGCGGAGACCAGAAGGAGGCGGCGGCGACGAUGGCAGGGGGUGGUAGGGAAGGGGAGCGGGAGAAGGGGGAGGAGAAGCGGAAGAAGAAGAGGGGGAAGAAGAAGAGGCAGGAGUCCGGAGGGGGAUUGGAGGGUGGAGAGGAAGCGAAGGUUGCAGCGGGGGCGGAGGACAUGGGGAAGGCGGGAGGGGGGAAAGCGGGCUCUAACUACCCGUUCUCUUCGUUUGCCAGUGCAACUCAGAGGAAGAUCAAAGUGCAGUACGAUCAGCUUGUGAAAUCCAACCAAGCCAAGGCCUUGACGGUGGCGCAGGUUGGACAAUUUAUCAACUGCCUAAUUGAGGCAAGAAAUGAAUUGCAGCACAAGUCCGAUAUCAUCCAACGUAGUUUUAAAAUAAAGAAGGCAUUACUAGUGAAGGCUGACAGGUCUUCAUUUGAUCGUCUUGCGCAACAGAUAUACAAGUUAGAGGCAGAACAUAAGAGACUAGAGGAGGAUGCAGCCGUUUAUAAUCUACUGCAAGAGCAGCUUAAGCUCUCACCUGCAUAUAACAAGAUGCUUGAGAUUAGUUCGAACAUGGAGUUGAAAGCUACUUCAGACCAGGAAACACAGGCAACCGAACUUCCUGAUAUCUCAUUUGAGGAACUACUGGCCCAGGAAAAGAAGGACACGUUUUGGCAAAAAAAUGGGAAGCUGAGAUCAUUUGCAAGUUAAAGGUCGUAGCAUCUCUGACUUGCACAUCUACAGCCCGAAGAGUUUGUACAAUUGCAGGAAUUUUCUUUUCCCGUUUCUUUUGGGUUGUUUAUGUGCAUGUUUAAUUUUGUAUUAGACUUAUUUUCCUGAAUGCUGGGUUUACUGGUGGAAGAACAUCUGGGUGCGAACAGGGUUAAAGGACAUGAUAUAUUUUCCUUGCCUCGAUCAAAGAUUACAAAUACUGUAGUGCGAGAGGUGAAAAAACAAAAACAUUAGCCUCUCUUAUAGCA